AUGUCAACUUAUGUCAAAGGUGGAGCAUGGACUAAUAUAGAAGAUGAAAUUUUAAAAGCAGCAGUACAAAAAUAUGGUACUAAUCAAUGGGCAAGAGUAUCAUCAUUAUUACCUAAAAAGACAGCUCAACAAGCUAAAUCGAGAUGGGUAGAAUGGUUAAAUCCAUUAAUUAAUAAAUCAGAUUGGACUCAAGAACAAGACAAAAGAUUAAUUGAAUUACAUAAAAUUUUACCAAAUCAAUGGAGAUCAAUAGCAUCAAUAAUUGGUAGAACUGCAACUCAAUGUGUUGAAAGAUAUCAACAUUUAUUGGAUAAAGCAUCCGGUACUGAGAACAAUGAAUUUAAAUUAUCAGGUCCAGGUAUUGAAACAUUACCAGCAACAGGUCAACCAAGUAUACAAAUAUUUGAUGAAGAAAAUGAUCCAAAUUUUGCAUCAGAAACAAAACCUCCUGAAUCUGAUGAUGAAGAUAUGGAAGAUGAAGAUAGAGAAAUGAUAGCAGAAGCAAAAGCAAGAUUGGCUAACACCCAGGGUAAAAAAGCUAAGAGAAAAGCAAGAGAAAGAAUGUUAGAAGAAAGUAAAAGGUUAGCAUUAUUACAAAAGAGAAGAGAUUUAAAAGCUGCUGGAAUAAAUAUAAGUUUAAAAUCUAAAAAUAAACGUAAAAGAAAAGAAUUUGAUUAUAAUGCAGAUAUACCUCAUGAAAUUAUACCAGGAUUAGGUCCAUAUGAUGUUAGUGAAGAAAAUAAAGAUAAUGAAAAAGAGUUGAAUUCAUUUAAGUAUAAAGUUUCAAAACAAGGUAUAAGUAAUAAAGAAGUUGAUGAUAAAAUUAGAUCAAAUAGAGAAAAACAAAAAAGAGCUGAUCAAAGAAAGAGAAGAAAAGAGGAAGACAUUGAAGAUGAUAAAAAUAGAAAAAUUGAAUUUAAAAAAAGAAAAUUGGAUAAUGAAAAUGAUAUGUUGAUUGACGAAGAUAAUUUAGAGGUACUUCCAAAUAUAAGAAAACCAAAUAAAUCAGUAAUACCUAUUUUGAAAGCAUUUUUUGAUAAGUUACCGGAACCAAUUCAUCAUCAAGGUAAACCAACACCAAUCAUUACAGAAAAUCAAGAUGAGAUAUUGCUACAGGAACCGACAUCAGUAAAUAAUGGAGACGUUGAUUUUGAACUAUUGAAAUCAAUAGGUGAAGAGAAAUCACGACUACAAAAAUCACAAGUAAUACAAAGAAAUUUACCUGUAAUCAAUCCAUCAUCAAUAAAAAAAACCUCAGGAGACAAGUCAGAGAUUGAAACAUUAGUUGAAACGGAGUUUAUGAAUAUAGUGACAGCUGACUAUAAACUGCAAAUGAAUCCAUUUAUUAAUAUUCCAAUUCUUACUAAUUAUGAUCAAAUAUUAAGUGAUGAAGUCAAUGAUCAAAUAUCCAAAGAAUUAAAAAGUCAAUCAAAGUUACAUGAAAAUUUACCAAAUUUUGAAUUACCUAGAACUUUUGAUGUUGCUGAAAUGGUAAUAUCAAAAUUACAUGAUUUACAUAAUUCUUCACAGAUUAUUGAAAAUCUGUUAAAUUCCUCAAGUAGGGAAUAUGACGAUAAGCUAACUCAACAAUUGAAUCAAAUCAAUGAAGCUCAAUUAAGGUUAGCAGAAGUUGAUGAAGAAUUUCACUCUUUACAUUAUAAAAUUGGGGAAGAUGAGAAAACACGGAAAAAGGAAAAUAAGAUGUUACACGAAGAUGUUAAAAGAAUAAAUGAUACAGUGGAGCUUAAAAGGAAUGAUAUAGCUCAACUGAGAAAGUCGAAAGAAGUUAGGCAAAGAAGUUAA